UGCACAUAAUUGUCAGUACCAUAAUGUGUACACACGUAGCAAUAAUUUGUUGUUUAUAAGCAUGAAAUAUGAAAGUGUGGUAAGUUUAAAUAGAGUCAAAAUGUUGCUUUUGUUUUGUUUAAAUUAAAUCGGAAAUAAAAUAAUAGAUUUAAAUAGGAGAAGAGGCAACCUAUAUCAGUAUCGAAUGAUUUUCUUCCAAGAGUAUGUUAAGAAGUUUAAUAAUGUAUGUGUGUGAUGACGUAGUCAUAUCAUGUUAACACAAAUAUGGAGAGACGUUUGGUGCGGUAGGGGACCUGGAAACGAUACUUGUUUUCAUCUCUUUCAACAUAUCCCAGAGUUCUCUCUCAAUAGUAGUACGAUCGACGCCAACGUGAAUGCUCUUCUAAGUGCUCUUAAAGAAAAAGAUUGUCUUAUUUUUUUUUACAUUUAAUUGUGAAGAAUUUUCAUCCCUUUUAAAAGCUAGCUGUGCUUCUACGAUUCUUUUUUUUUUUUCUUCUUUAUUCCAUUAAAAAGUCAUUUUGUUUUUUUUCUUCUUUUCUUCCUUUUUCAUUUCAUUUAUUUCUCCGAACGUCAACAAGUAAUUACGAAUUGUUAAUUGUAAUUUAGUAUAUUUUAUUUUUAUUUUUUGUUUUUUUUUUUUUUCGUAAAGCAAUUUUCGUUGUGAUUGACAAUUUUUAAUAUUUUAUUAUUUUCAAUUUUUCGUAUUAGUUAAUUUAAAAAUUGGCGGGGACAAUUGUCUUUUAAAUUGAUCGUUUGGAUUUAUAUUUUUUUUUUCGUUGGUGUCGACUGUCGAAGACUAAAUAAGUCGCGAGAUUAAUUAUUUGUGAGAAGAGAAGGCAAAGGGGAAAAGGGUGAGAGAAAAGAAAAUAGGAAACAGAAAAAGGAGGGUGUAAAAAAAGCGAUUAGACACGUUUUGGCAGUGCCGGAUGAGAGAAUCGAUGAAGAGCACUUUAAUCUUGCCGUUGGAGAAUCACGAGAAAAUUUUGGAUAUACGAGGACGAGUUUAAAGUGACUAUCGAAAAGGAUGAGGCCUAAUUCAUUGGAAUGUUUUAUGUUCUUUCUUUUCCUGAUAGUUUCGGGAGGAGAAUCAACUUCCGUCCGAGACAAUCUCUUCCACGAGAAUGAUCUCGUUUCGUCUACAAACUCUAACAAGUCUCCAUUAUCGAUUAUAUCACCGAUCGAUUAUCCCGAUAAACUUCAUUCUUGUCUUUACGUGCCACCUGAUUUACCACCUUGCCAAUUUAUAAGAAACACAAAUACUCAAAGAUUUUAUCGAUCUAUUAACUACGAUAAUAUUAAUUCGAACAUCGAAUCGAAUUAUAAAGGUCACUUUACGGUUUAUUCCUUGCAAGGUUGCUUACCCUCCAGAUUACCUUUUAGAAUGAUGUUGUGCAAAUCUAAAGAUCUUUUAGAGAAAGCCACGAAAAUCUGGAAAUUAUAUCCAUUUAAAAUCGAGGACGAUGAAACGAUCGAAUCUACGUUUAUUUUUCCACAAUUCGAUGUAAAUCAAUGGUCGAAAUCUAUGAGAUUACUUCGAGAAGAGAAACACAAACAAAAACGAAGUAGCGAACAAGAUGAUUUGUUUAAAACUAAUGAAGAAUUGUUAUCAUCUUCCUCAAUGAUUUCGUUUGAUAAUGAUCAUAACGAUUUAAUUAAAUCAUUACCGAGUUCAUCGUUAUUCGAAGAUAAUUCGACGAAUUUUUUGACGAAUGAUAGAAAACGAAGAAGAAGAAGACGUAAAAAAUGCGACAAAUUGAAUCGUCGCGAAAUUAGAAGAGGAAGCGAAUUUCCGUACUCGAAAUCAAUACCAUUCGAUAUUAAAAAAUUAAGCUUAUCGGGAAGAUUAAGCAAAUUUUUCUGAUUGAGUCCUAUUUCUUUUUGAGUAGAUUUUAAGAACGAUAAAAAAAAUGGCUAAUGAAUUUUAUUAGAUGAAGAUAAUACGUCAUUUGUGAAGAUUAAUAUUUUUGGUUUUCUUCGUGUUUCAAAGUUAAGUGAUUAUUUGAUCAUUUUUAUUUUUCAUUUGUUUUGUUAGAUUUAUUUAAUAGUAAUAGGGAAGGAAAAAAGA